CCCCACAAGUCCAAGGCGAGGCCAAAGCAUAUGGCCCGAAAUUCACUUCCUCGUUUGAUGACGUCACUUCGACAAACUAGGUGUCACCGUUUCUACGAAUGUGUGGAGGGCUCUCAUGUUUUGCCUGAUAUGCUGUUAUUUUGAACAAAGGAGAUCCUUUUAACGACCUCCAAUUCAUCUUACCAUCCAGCCUGUUAGCUGUGCCCUAUUUGAGGGGCCUAAUGCUGGCUUGGUUGGUACCGAAUCAUUAAACAACCCUCAGUCACAACCCUCACAUCUUCAUCACAGUGCUCAGGGACCAGAUAAAGAGCUGCAGUAAUCAUGCCGCUGUUUGGACGGUCUACCAAGAGUCCUUCAGAAUUGAUUGGAUCUCUCAAAUCUAGUACUGCAACUUUAAAGAAUCACACUUCCGGCAAAAAAUGUGAAAAGGCUAUUGAGGAUAUUGGAAAGACCUUGUCCCAAGUUAAGAACAGUCUGUUUGGUCAAGAUGGUCAAGACCCCCAGCCGGAGGUCGUGAGUCAGAUCGCUAAUGGUCUAUAUGAAGUAGAUCUACUUCAUGACCUUGUCAAAGCCAUGCCCAAACUAGAAUUUGAGGCAAAGAAAGAUUUGGUGCAGAUCUUCAACAACAUGCUCCGACGUCAGUUUGGUUCGAGGACUCCAACUGUUGAUUUUAUCACCACCCAAGAUCCAGAUAUACUUCAGACGUUAAUAAAAGGCUAUGAGAAUAAAGACUGUGCAUUGAACUGUGGAUUAAUACUGAGGGAAUGCAUACGUUAUGAGGCUCUGGCCAAGCUCAUCCUCAACUCUCCUAUCUUCUUCAAUUUCUUUGAGUACGUCGAGAUGUCAACGUUUGAUGUCGCUUCAGAUGCCUUCUCUUCCUUUAAGGAACUAUUAACAAGACACAAAUUAGUAGCUGCUGAAUUUCUAGAGAAGAAUUACGACACAGUCUUUGAUAAAUACAAAGUGCUACUCAACUCUGAUAACUAUGUGACAAAGAGACAGUCACUCAAACUCCUGGGAGAACUGUUGCUUGACAGACAUAAUUUCACAUCAAUGACGAGAUAUAUUAGCAACCCAGAGAACCUGAAACUCAUGAUGAACAUGCUUAGAGAUAAGAGCCGAAACAUCCAGUUUGAAGCUUUUCAUGUAUUUAAGGUAUUUGUAGCUAACCCUAACAAGACUCAACCCAUCCUUGACAUCCUGUUAAAGAACAAAGAGAAGCUUGUUGAGUUCCUUACAAACUUCCACACCGACAGGACGGAGGAUGAGCAAUUCAAUGACGAGAAGAAUUAUCUCAUAAAGCAGAUCAAAGAGCUACAACCUCCUGUGCCACAGACGUCAUCGUAAGGAUCAGCCCCGUCCCCCCACCAUCCAAUCUUUGACAAGUCUCGGCUGUGUGUAUCAUAAUCUAAAUUAUCAUACAUGUAGAACUUAAUACUGGGCAAGCUGUGCUGAUGAUUUUUCUGAUAAUUGUAAUUUUUUUUGUGAUCGGAAGGUCAAAUGUCAAACUCCUUCCUGAAGGACAAAGGAGCUGCACUAACGCUCUUCAAGCUCAUCACAAUUUUACAAACUAAUUUCUUUCUCUGAAUUAGUCAUGCUUGAAAGUGGUCUUGAGUUACAUGUACAUCCAUCUCGGACUGAGCCAGACAUGCUAUGUGAUAGCAGUUAAACAGAGGAGACAGCUAAGCGACAAAGCAAGUGCCCCUCAACAUAAUUUUACCACCAUCAAAAAAAAAAAAAUAUUAUUGCUGAUUUUUGCUUGGUAUUGUAGUUUGAAAUUGUGAAUAGGUGUCCAGCAAUCUUCUUUGAUAUGUAGACACGUUGGCAUUAAAUACGAAAUAAAGAAAAUGAUUAACUGGGAAUUCACCUUGGGUGAAGCUGCAUUGCAUAUUUCACUGACAUAAAAAAAUAUAACAAAUUGGUUUGUUGUUUUUUAAGCACGAGUAACUCAAACCAAAAGAUUGAUGUCCUUUACAGGCAGCACUCCAUAUAAGAAAGUGAGGACUGUGUAUGAUGAUGAAAUCAUAUAUAAUGUGUAAUGAACAAAUGUCCUCACUCUGACCAUGGUCUAAGAAUACACCCCAAGGAGUGGGAUAUGUGCAUAUUGUAUAUGAAUUAUUUUUUACUGGGCUCAUGUAAUUCACAAUAUUAUUUCUUGUUUGAUAGCUUAAAGGUCAAUUAUAUAUCAGCAAGUCUCCUUCAGACAUACAUGAGGCAUAACAACAUGAUCAUAACAUUUCAACACCCCCCUACCCAUCUGCUUGUGGGUAAAGUAUGUCUUUUAAUCAUCAGCAUAGCUGUAAUGCCGAGAGGAAUUAAUUUUCUCAAGCAGUAACGGUGUGAUUUUGUAUGUAUAAAAUUGUAUUUGAUGCAUACAAGAGCAUAUAAUAUCUUCUUUAGAGUAUAUAUAUAUAUAUAUAUGGCAUAGCCAGUAGUUUAGAGUAGAUAGUUAUUGUAUAUAUAUGAAUUAAUGAUUUGUGAGUGAUAUAAUGAAGGAGAUGAGAACAGAGUUAAGAAAACUUAACACCCAGUCUGGAAUCUAUUUUGCCACCCGUCCAUUUUCUUUUGCACUUGCCCCGCUUCAUCUCAGAGAGGUUUAUAAAACUGUUAGUAUACAAAUAUUGCACAGGUGUGAGUGAAUUAAUAGUGGUGAUGCAGCACACUGAAGGGUAUUUUUAAGGUGCGCCAAGCACAAGGUGCUUCAACCAAGUGUUUAAGCAUAACAGUAAAUACCCUAGUUACUUGUAAAGUCACCACCAUCAUACAUUGUAGAUUUAAAACUGUGCAUUAUUUGUCUUAUAAAGCAGGUCAUCUGUAUGGAUUGUAGAGGCAAAUUGUAAAAUCCCCUCGGAAUUUCCUUGGAUUGCACAGACAAAGAGGCCCCUAAGCAUCUUUUAUGACACCACAUGUACAGUUAUUGAGUACGACAAGUGCCUGAGUAAGUGCACCAAAGUUUGCCAUGCCCAAGUCAUUGAUGCUAUUCCCAUGGUGUCCAAAACAUAAACAUGUGACUUGCAUACACAUUUACAAUUGGCUUUAUGCUGUAUAAACGUGUGACUUGCAUACACAUUUACAAUUGACUAUAUGGAUUUCUGAAAUCUGAUUUAUAAUCUGUGUGCAUCAGAUUACUUUUAAUUCAUUUUUUGCCAAACUAUAGAGGGUUUUACUUCGACAAAACAUGAGGAAAUAUUUGCAUUAAACACACACACAUUAACACCUCAGGCCAUAGUAAUGAUACAUUGCAGGCUUACGCUUGAUGGAAAGAAGCUGGAUUAAAUUCAGGAUGAACAAUAUUCUUCUGGCAUAUCUAUUAAUAGAAAUGAUUUCGAUUGAAGAUAGAGCUUGUAUUAUCACUUACAUUGUAUAUAGAUUAUGAUUUUGAUCAAGAUGCCGAAAAACAUCUCUUUCCCAGAAAUUAAGAUUGAACAUGUGGUUUUAUUUACUGGGUGCAAUCCAUGAAUGUCUUCACAUUAUGGAAAUUAUAUUCUUAAGAAUUGGAUAACAGAUAAGAUAUUCCAGAGAAUGAUUACUGUAUGUAGUUUGCAGGAUGGAGGCAAGGCUGAGAGUUUUGAGUCUCAAAGCCGCUGGAGAAACCUUUCUCCCAUAGACUUUAUACACAUUACUCGGCCCAGUAACAUAUGACCUCUAGGCCAAAUUCAAUUCUAUUCCUGGUUAGUGCAUGUUCAAUAUAAUGAGUUACUUCAUUAUACUGCCUAUCCCUACCCAGGUGGUUGAAAGGAAAUUUUGUCAUCGACAUGUAGUGGUUCCACUGUUGAGUACCCUCACGAUAUUGCAUUGUGAACAUGGGCAAACUGUUUAAAGAGAUAUGCCAGUUGUGGUAAUGAUCUCAAUUCAAUAAUAUGCCCCUUAUAUAUAUUGUCCCACAACUCUCUUGUCCCAUUCUCAUUCUUUUUUUUCUCUCUUUUUUUCUUUGUCGUUGUUGCUUUCUUCUUUUCUUGUUUCUGUCGUCUGCUGCUAAUUGUUCUUCUCCUUCUCAUUUCCUUCUACUCAUUCUUCUACUUCUUCUUUUCUACCUAUCUUCAUUAUAUCAUCCUUGUACUCAGCAGUCCAUUUGCAAACUCGGUAUCCAAGAUUUUCUCAAACUGCUACUCUUAGUUUAAAAACUGUUCCUCCUUACUUACACACACACAAAAUAGAAAAUGUAUGAAUGAAUUUGUGUAUUAUAUCUGUAUAUGUAUUUGCUAUAAAUCAGUAACAAUGAAUGGGAAUUGAUUUUUUGAAUACCAAGUUAUGAGUGUUCAGUGAAUCAAAGAUGUUGGUUCUAAUUCUGAUUAAAAAAUAUUGUAUUAUGAUUAUUAUUAUAUUUUAUUUACUCAGGUGUUGUAUUAUUUCUUUGACUAUAUUUUGUUGUUUAGAUUUUAUAAAAGAUAAAUGAAAACCAGAUAUAUCAUACAUCUAACAUUGCUGCAGGUGGUCAUAUUUGAUAAUUGACCAUAUUUAGACCUGUGAGAAGAUUUCUAAAAAAAUUGCAACACCAACUUUCAAAAGAGCCUAACGAGGAAGACUUAAAGUGUUAUAUUACCUUGUUGGUUGUUUGAUAAAGUUGUUCAUAAAGUUUCAUCCCAUAUGAAUGACUAGAUUAGGGCAAGCUUAAAUGGUGUCUGAAUAACUUUGAAUUGUACGAGCUGAAGUUGAAUUAUGCAGGCUUUCAUCAAUAUUUUCAAUAUGUUGCUCAAUUUUAGGACAUGGUAUGUUUCCAGCCUCAUUUUGAAUACUGUACAAUUAUUUGAAAUACAGUCUUAAUUUUUGAAAUUUCAUCAAAAAAGUCAUGAAAAACUUUGGGCUUAUCCUUUGGCACUUCAUAUUCCAGUCAUAUAUAAAUUCAUAAUUGAUUCCUUGUAUCGUCCAUGGGGAACAUUCAGGCAUUUGAUUAUGUGGAGAAAGAUAAUUAUUCUGUGCAUUUGAUAGAAAUUCUGCACACAGUUAACAAUUUUUAAAAUUGCUGUGGACAGCUAAAGAAAUUGAUUGACUCUUAUAAUACAAUUUUCAAGCUCAGAGAUCCUGAUAUACACAGAAGAACUUGAUUUUCAAUUGGCAAGAACCCUACCAUGUUAAUGAUUUCACUGUAGAUGUCUGCUUUGGUUUAUAGUAAACCUAUUGACUGGAUACAGCACAAUUAUUUCCCUAGCAGGAAACAUUGCAUUGUUGAUCUACUUUUAGUUUGGGCAAUACAUGUAAUAUCACCCUGUAGGUCAGUCAAUAAUAUGUGAUAUAUUCAUGGCAUAGGGUGUACAUGUAUAUUCUUGAUGCCAUAGGAAUGGGAUGUUAUAACCAGCAUUAAAAUAUAUCUAUAGGUAGGAAAGCUCAGAAUAUGUGUUUUAUCAUCCUUUGGCUGUUUCAUUCAAGGAAGUUGAAGGACAUAGAAUGGCUCCCCCCACAAUAUUUCUUUGGUCAUUUAGUUGUAUCCCAUACAUCAAGCAAACAUUACAUCGAUGACAUACUGUAUGUGUCACAAUAUAUAUAUUUUAUGUGUCAUUUCUCAACUGAAUAUCUGAUGAAGAAAGGUUAUUUGAUGCGUCAUGGAGAAUUAGGUUAUUCACAUAUGAAAGAAAAUAUAUCUUUAGAGCCUUUUCAAGGCAUUUAGUGAAGCUGAAAAAGUUUUUUAAACAGAAAAUGAAUGAACUUCUAUCAUACAGAUUAAAUAUUUUGUCACAGUUCAGUUGUCUUUUUAGGGGGUAUUAAUCCUUAGUUUGGUUAUAUCUAUGGGGCAAUAUCUUCUACUUAAACAUAUCUUACAUCUGUGAUAUUUGAAACUUUAGAACAUUACUACCCAGUUGUAUUUGGAAAGAGAUAUUUACUGUAUAUCCAUUCUUAACUUUGGUUUUGUAUAUCUUUGUGCAUGAUGAUUAUAUUAUUGGUGUGUAGAACUAUGGUUUUAUUCAUUUAAAUUUUCAACUGUGUUGAAAAUUAUUUUGUUCAUUGAUCCCUUCUUUUGAUUACUUUUAAUUGUUUGGAAUUAUUGUGGAAUUAUAUCAAAUUAUGACCAGUUGCAGUCAGUUCUGACUGUCAAGUGUCAAACUUAAUUAGUGAGAAGUUAAUAAGUGCUUGUUCUAAUUGUUAUGAGUCUUUGUUGUACUGAUUCUGGUUAUCCAGUAGGCUGCUUUAUAAAGACAUUUGGUAAAUUAUGCACGGCUUUACAAGUAAUCUUAAGAAGUGGAAUAUCUAAAACCAAGUGUAUAUCUCUAUGUCAUUUAAAGCUGAAGUGAUAUGAAUGAAAUGAUUUGAAAUGCAGUCACAGAUUGCUAAUAAAUCAUUAAAACAUUGACUUCAGAUUUUAGCACUUCAUACUCCAGUGCUUAAAGUCAUGCAUAACUUGUGAACAGCUUUAUGAAGCAAUUUCCAUUUUUAUAAGUUUGAAUACAAGAGUUGUCUUGGAAUUUCAAAGCAUUUUCAAGGCACUUUGUGUGCAUUAGAUUCAUUUUACCAUGUUUAUUUCAUCUGCAGAAGAGGUGAAAUAUCCGGUGUUUAAUAAUUAUGGAAUGUUAUUGUUUAGGGAAAAACUUGUCGAUCAUUAAAUCCCACCUUUCAUAUUAAGCAAAAUAUAUUUUGAAGUUAUGUAGCUUGUUGUUUCAGAACUUUAAAGCAUUUGAUUCAUUCCAAAAUAUUAAUAUCCUUUUUAUAUAUUUAAUUGAGAAAAUUGGAUAAAGAAGACAGAAAUAAAUUGCUAUUCACCAAAAUAUAUUUUGUGCAAGGAGGUGAUAAAUAUUUUGAACAGUGAUUCUCAUUCACAAAUACAUACUUUGUUAAAAAUUAUUCUAAAAUUCGCAUUAAUAUAAUGAGUGUAAACUUAAAGUGAUUAUGAUCUAUCCCCCGAUAAAACUUAUUCUUUACAAUUAUUUCAAACUUGUUUAUAACACUUUUCUCCUGGCAGUUGUAUGUUGACAUUGUUAUAACCUUGUUUCUUACAUUAAAUCAACAUAUAUUUGUAUAUAAUGGAAAAGGUAUAUUAGGACUCUAAUGGUGAUAGAAUAAUAAUUACACUUUUUAUAUGCUAGCAAGUGUACAAACUUUAUCAGAAGUAAUAUGGCUCUUCACAUAAUAUUAUGCAGAACAGUCACUACUCAAUCACUUUUCAAAUGUCAAUAUGUGCCAUGAUAAACAGUCUGAUAUGGAAUUGAAAAUUGAAAUAAAUAGAUGGUUACUACUAGGUAUAUGCUGUCCAUUGUAGUAUUAUCAAGAGGUUACACUGAUGAAAGAAGACCUGUUGAUCAAACAAGUUGAUUCUAUAUAGCAGUUUCUUAUAUUAUGAUUUAUGUUAUUGAUUUUGUGUUAUAUAGAUUGUGGUUUGUCUUCCUUGAAAAGAACUUUUCUUGGCUGAUCGUUGUGUUCCCAUGGUAAAGCUGAUAUUUGUGGAAUAAACCAAUCCACUCUCAAAUACUAUUUGUUUAUAUUUAGAGGCUACUGAUUGGCCACUUAAUUUGCAUAUUCAAAUUAAAUGCCUGAUUAUAAUUAUGACACACCCUGCACACACCUGCAUCAAUGUAAUAAUGAUAAUAGCUCCAUUUUAACGAUAAAAGUUAGAUUUAUAUAUCGCUUUUUGCCAGAGGAUACAGCGCACAACUAGUAUUACCCCAGCUUUAGCUCCAGCUACCACUUUAUCAGCAGUGUUCAGUGCAUUUAAGGAAUUAUUCCUUCUGGGCACCCUUGUACCUCACCUUAGUUGAGUUACAGGACAAUUUUGAUCAAUUUCUUGCUGAAGGAAAACAUGCCAUGGCCGGGGUUCGAACCCACGACCCUCUGUUCAAAGUCCAGAGACUAAUCCAGUUGGCUGCCUCAAUACUAAAUACUUGGUAUUAUAUUAGUACUAGGUUUAGCUGAGUUGCUAUAUAGGCGCUAAAGCACUCAAGCGAUGAUCCUACUGGGUAUCCAUUCACCUCACCUGGGUUGAGUGCAGCCAAUAAUGAUGUAGAUGUGUGUGGAGUGAGUUACAUGUUUCUUGCAAGGGUAAAAAAUGACAAAGAAUGGCGUAUUUGAAGACCAAAAGAGUUUGCAUGAAAAUAUAAGAUAGGAAUCAAAUCAAGAAUGUCAAGGAUUAUCUGUAUACUGUAGAGUUAGAAAGAACAUUGUGUGCAUAUUAUUUCUUUGAUAUUGUCUGUUGUUGACAAUCAAAUUGCUGUAUAGUUUGUACAUGGAUUAAAAAAACAAGGAUUUAACUUGUAACAUGGGAACAUAUGAAAGAAAUUAAAAGCAAAUGCUAAUUCUGAUUGUAAAAUUAA